CAAAUGUGAACCUUCAACUUUAGAACAUCUUUACCUGACACCCCUACAUUCUGUAUAAGACGGGGAGUCCAAUAAUUGUGACGUCACUGCUGUUGUUUGACCUUUUUGUUCGGCAUCCCAGUUCACACGCUUGGGACUCCAUCUACUCGAGAAAAUGGCUGACAUUCCAGCAGGUGAUCCCACUAAGGGAAAGAAGAUCUUUGUACAAAAAUGUGCCCAGUGCCAUACAGUAGAAGCAGGAGGAAAACACAAGACCGGACCAAAUUUAAAUGGACUUUUUGGAAGACCAACAGGACAAUCACCAGGAUUCACAUAUACAGAAGCUAACAAAAAGAGAGGAAUUACUUGGGGCAGAGAUACUAUAUUUGCAUACUUGGAAAACCCCAAGAAGUACAUACCAGGAACAAAGAUGGUGUUUGCUGGAAUCAAGAAAAAGACCGAACGUGCGGAUCUGAUCGCAUAUCUCGAGGAGGCUACCAAAUAAUGUGAUCUUCGAUUAGCUUAACAAAUUCGAUAUGAAAUUUUCAAGAUUUUUAAUUUAAAAGGUUUUUUACAUUGACAUUAAUUUUGUGUUUUUAAAAUGGCAAAAUUUUAACCAGUUAAUUGCAGUAAUUUCUAUUUUUGGAUAGGUAAUACUCAGGUUGGCAGCAAGCUUUUAUAUAACGUCUGUAAUGUUAAUACAAUAAAUUAACAGAAAAAGCUUAAUGUCAGUUUCUAUUGUAUUUGAUAUACCCGGUUGUACAGAUGUUUUAUGCAACCUUUUUCCUAGGCUUGCCAGUUCGCUUUUACAAGCCACUGAGUGGUCACAGUCACAUGUAUAUGAUUUCACUAAUGUACAUUUUUUUCCAUAGCAAGUAAGAGGCAUUUAUGUUUUAAUGACUGUACUAUAUUUGUUUGAAUAAAAGUUAAAUUUUU